UUAAAAAAGUAUCUUGCAUUUUUUGUUAAUAAUGUCACUCGACAUCGACUGGUCAAAAUUAGACGACACCUUGGCUGGACAUGUUCAACAGUUUCUCAACAAACACUUUCAGGCAAUUACAAAACCUUCUUUUAUUGGCGACAUUGAAGUCACAUCGUUUAAUUGGGGCAACGAAACCCCUCAAGUAGAAAUCAUCAACAUUACAGACCCCUUUCCCGAAUUCUAUGAGGAAGAAGAAGGCGAAUCAACCACACCUGCCCCUAAAUCUGUUUCUUCGCCCAGUACAAUUGUUUCUGUCACACCGUCGUUGCCACCUAGCGAAUUCUUUUCGGAUGAUGGUGUGGGCUAUAACGCAGCAAGAUUCUCCUUAAAUACUCCACUAUCGCAACAGCAACGCUUCAAUCUCAUUCAUUCAUUUCAUAGAUCCCCAUUUGUAGCUCCACAGCAUCCAUUUAAUAGCUCUCCCGUACCUGCAUUGUCUUCUUUAGCUUGGCAAUCACGGCCCCCUUCUGUUGCCGAAGAAGACUGGAUUGACGAUGAAGAGAUCAAUCCCAACAUUUCUUCUCUACCUCCUACCAGUCACUCAUCCAGCGAUAAGGAGUCGACUGAAAUGGAUUUCCAGGUACAUAUGCUGAUUUCAUAUAAAGGGGAUAUGAAUAUGACCAUCGUGACAGAGCUUCGAAUGAAUUACCCCAGUGUCAUGUUUAUGAGCUUACCCAUCAACUUGAAUGUCAAGGCAAUCGAAUUUGAAGCUACAGCUGUGGUUGCAUAUAUCCAGAGCAUGAACAGGGUGUGCGUAUCCAUGUUGGAACCAGAAGAUACGGGUAUACGAAAGGAUAUUGGCAUGGACAGUUUAUUGAGAAAUGUACAUAUAGAGACCAUCGUCGGUGAUGAGCAAAAGCAAGGUAAGCAAAGUUACGCGUACACACACAAAUGCAUGUAGCAGGUAGACUAAGUUUCCC